AUGACUGCAUACCGCCCGAAGAAAACAAUCGGGGACUUUUUGGCCAAUAAGGCCAAUAUAUCUCGUAACCAAGGCGUCUUGGUCGACGCUGUCUCGCAAUACCGGACUCGGUUCCCCUCGGUUGGAAAGUGGGGUGCUAUCGGUCUGUGCUGGGGGGGAAAGGUGACGGCUCUGGCAUCAGGUGACGAGACCCCUUUUACUGCAUCAGGCCAAGUUCAUCCUGGUCUCAUAGACCCAGCUGAUGCAGGUGCCCUGACCAUCCCCCACAUCGUCCUUGCCUCGAAAGACGAGCCAGUCGAUGCGGUCGCCGCGUACGCCGACAUUAUUGCCAAGAACGGGAAGGGCGGCCAUGUCGAAACCUACUCAACUAUGUGGCAUGGAUGGAUGGGUGCGCGAGCCGAUCUUGCUGCGGAAGCAGGCCGAGCUGAGUAUAUUCGCGGAUACGCGCAGCUGGCCGAUUUCUUUGAGAAACACCUGGUGUAG